UAAAGCAACCCGCCAACCUUUCUCUCUCCCCCAAUCAAAUGGAGCCCCCCACUACUCCACUCAGUUCCCAAUGUCCACCACCACUCCUUCCUCCGCCACCUUUUCCUUCGCAUACGGUGGCGCACCACCACCACCAAACACCUCCUCUAUCUCCCUAAACCUAACUAAACUCGGCAUCGGCUAUGCCAUCGCAAUCACCCUCGGUUUUCUGGUCCUAUUCUCCACUAUCCUCCUCACUUCCUACAUAUGUUGCCGUUAUCGUCGAUCUCAAAACCCUAACCCUAAUAACUCCUCCGACGACAAUGGAAUCUAUUUACCUCGCAUUAUUUUUGUAGCAGAAGACGAUGAUGAAGAAGACAACGAAAUUGUUGCUGUUGGUCUUGAUCAAGCUGUGAUAAAUUCGUAUCCGAGAUUUGCUUUUUCCAAGGACCGUGGAAUCAGUGGUGGAAAUAGUGAUUCAAUGUGUUCGAUCUGUUUGUGUGAGUACAAGAACUCGGAGAUGCUGAGAAUUUUACCGGAUUGUAAGCAUUACUUUCACUUGACAUGUAUUGACGCGUGGUUAAAGCUCAAUGCCUCAUGUCCGGUGUGUCGGAGCUCUCCGCUGCCGACGCCGUUGUCCACGCCGCUGCAGGAGGUGGUGCCUCUGUCUCAGUACUCCGAUGGUCGGAGGAGAUGAUGGGUAUUGUGGUUCAUGGCUUUGGAUGAUUUGUUUGGUUGUUUGAACUUGUCUAAAUUUAUUGGGUGGUGAUUAGGGAUGAUGGACUUGGAAAAUUUUCAUAUGUUUAUCUUAUGAAUUGUGAAUUUGGGUUGAUAAUAGAGUAGAGAAAUGGAAAUGGAAAUGGAAGAGCAUUAUCUAUUUGUGAGCAGUUGAAUUCAGUGAA